UUUCUGUCAACGGUUUACGAGUGGAAGUUAAUGACACAGGGAGUGUAGCAGUUCCUUUGGAGAUUGCAGAUAAUCAAGAGUUGUCCAUCUUGUACAGAAGGCGGUGGUUCUGUUUUGACUGUAACAAGCUUAUAGUUGGCUUUGGUUCAUAUGAAAAACACAUGCAGGCAGUUCAUGACCGAGAACUUCAUUUUAAGUGUCUUCUAACGGCUUGCUCAAAGUGCUUCUCCAUUGUUGAUGAAUACAGGUACCAUUCAGAACAAAUGAGCCACAUACCAAACAGUUUAUCAUGCUGCCACAUUUGUGAUGUCGUUGUGUUUACGAAAAAGGAGCUUGAGCGUCAUCAGUCUACUAUCGAACAUAGUGAGAAUAAGCUGAAGGAGGCCGGGGGCUGGCAGUGUCCGCUGUGCAGGCAGAACUUUGGGAGACUAGCAAUGCAGACACACCUGGCUAGUGACAGGCACUACUACCCGUGCGACAUGUGCCAGCAUGUGAGCAUCUCGAAGAAGCAACUGCACUGUCACAAGAGCUGUGAGCACCGCAAGACUUCACAGAUCUGCGAGGUGUGUGGUAAGGUGAUUCAGAGCAUGACAGGACUUUGGAAACACAAGGUCACUGUCCACCAACUUAUAAAUCCUAGAGAGUGCAAGUACUGCAAGAAGGUUUUUCCAUUCAAAUCCAAGCUGCGGUGAGUACAGCAUUUAAUAACUUUACAGGCAUUCUCACCAGCAUCAUAAUAACACAUCCUUGUACAAUGUAUUUAUAAUUACUACACCAAAGUUGUGGUACAUACCAUAUGCAAAUUCAUGUCGUAGC